AUGUUGUCUGUAGCUCUGCUGCUGCUGCUGCUGGCAGCUGGAUCCUGUGUGAACAGUCAGCAGUUGAAUCAACCAGCGUCUCUGACUGUCCAGCCAGGACAACCACUGACCAUCACCUGUCAGGUCUCUUAUUCUGUUGAUAGCUACUGGACAGCCUGGAUCAGACAGCCUGCAGGAAAAGGACUGGAGUGGAUUGGAAUGAAAAGAUCUUCAUACACAUACUACAAAGAGUCACUAAAAAACAAGUUCAGUAUCUCUUUAGCAGCUUCCAGUAAGACAGUGACUCUAACAGGACAGAAUAUGCAGCCUGAAGACUCAGCUGUGUAUUAUUGUGCCAGAGACACACAAGUUACUGUGACGUUACUGCACUGUGACACUUACUUUGACUACUGGGGAAAAGGCACGGUGGUCACGGUCUCAUCAGCCACACCAAAGGCCCCUACUGUGUUUCCUCUGGAGCAAUGUGGCCCCGAGACCGGAGACACCGUGACUCUCGGCUGCCUCGCCACCGACUUUACACCCGCCUCACUGGGCUUCAGAUGCACCAACGCCGAGGGAGUUGCCCUGCCUGAUGUACUUCAGUACCCCGCUGUUGAGAAAAACAGGGCUUACUUUGGAGUCAGUCGGGUCCGCGUGCAGCGAGACUACUGGGACGCCAGGAAAGUUGUCAACUGUGUUGUUGAGCAUUCAGCAGGACAAAAACAAUGCCGCCUUCAGAAGAAAGUCGAGUUUCAUCAGUUGCCAACUCUUAACGUGUUGAUCUCUCCUGAGAUGAAGAAUGAGAGAUCAGCUUCCUUCUCCUGCUUUGCCACUGAUUUUUCACCAAAUGCUCAUGAAAUCAAAUGGCUCAGAGACGAUGAGGAAAUCCGUGACAAAAUCUCUGAGAUCCAGACCUCCUUUGAGCCCAAACGUAAUGAGAAUGGGACUUUGUACAGUGUCGUAAACUAUCUCCAGGUUGAUAAAAGUGCUUGGACGGAAUCGGAAGCCAAGAUUACAUGUGUGUUUAAGCAAAAAGAAGAAAAUGUCAACAAAUCUGUGGACUAUAAUACCACACCGGGUUCCACCACAUGUAAUGACCCAUGUGUAUAUGUUGACAUUGAGAUCUUGCCCCUCAGUUUGGAAGACCUGUUUCUGAACAAAAAAGCUAAACUUGUGUGUGAAGUGCUGGAAAAACAAGGAUCCGUUGAGUCUGUUGAGUGGCAGGACAAAGAUGGGAAACCUUUAAACAAGGACAGUCAUAAGAGCAGCCGAGGACCCCACAACCUCUACAGAAUUGAAGUGGAUGUCCUGUUUGAGGAGUGGAGCGAGGGGAUGGAAUAUUAUUGUGUUGUUGAACACAACGACUUAAUUAAAGCUGUAAGGGAGCGUUUUCAAAGGGACAAAGGAGAAACGAUUAAGCGGCCAUCUGUUUUUCUGCUGAGUCCAGUAGAACAAACUAGUAAUGACGUGGUGAUCCUGACUUGCUAUGUGAAAGAUUUCUACCCCAAGGAGCUUGUAGUGUCUUGGCUUGUUGAUGAUGUGGCAGCAGAUCCAGCUACCUAUACAUUCAAUACCACAAAUCUUUUAGAAAACAGCGGAUUCUACUCUGUAUAUAGUGAGCUUACGUUGAGCUUGGACCUUUGGAAGAAAAAUGACAAGGUGUUCAGCUGCGUUGUCUACCACGAGUCUAUGAUGAAAACAACAGGAGUCAUUAUUAGGUCCUUUGUACAAAACACCAAUGAAAAACCCAACCUGGUUAACGUCAGCCUUAACAUCCCUCAAAUUUGCAAGGCCGAAUUAAAUGAAAACGUGGAAAAGCGGGUUGUCCAUCCGACCGUCACCAUGUCCCCUGACUGGAGGUGGGUCUCUGGGGCCGCAGAAGUGAGCCUUGUGUGCACCUACAGCGGUUACUACCCAGACGACCUAGAGGUGCAGUGGCAAAUAGACAGCCGUGCUGUCGACAUCGUUCCGGUCCAAAAGAAGUUUCAAGCUGGGAAAAAGGAGGAAAAAACGUUCAGCCUAAGCAGCCAGAUUGAGUUGGACCGGAAAAACUGGACAAAUGGCUCAAAUGUCACGUGCAAGUCCAAACACCACGACGCCGAGUUGAGCAAAUCAAUCAGUAUUUGUGCAAUUUACCCUUCCUCCCCUCCUUGCAUUCACCUGGAGACCCCCAGCUUCAAAACAGUGAUGAUGGCAAAGCCCGAGGUGACGGCUACGUGUGUGGUUGAGACUGUCUAUGAUGCCAAGGUGACCUGGCAUGUCGAUGGGGAAGAAAUCUCAGCCACAAGAACCGUGCCGAACCGGACCGGCAGCAAGACCUAUUUCAGCAGCAACCUGACUGUUUCCACAGACAAGUGGAUGACGUACAGUCGCGUGACAUGUAGGGCUGAACACCCCUGCUCCCCUCCAGCUGAAAAGACGGUGGAUAUAAGUAAGUCACCUGUACCAAAUGAUGUUCAUGUGAUAUUUGAUACAACUGAACUCUGCAGCAACCCCUGUGUUUGUUUCAAAGGGCUUACAGCGGACAGGGCCCCGUCGGUGCUGAUCAGAAGAUCUCUGCCACACUUGCUUCAUGGAGAAGAUGCCGUGCUGGAGUGUGACGUCAGACAACUCUCCUCUAGCGACCUCUACGUCACCUUUCAGGCCAACGGAAGUGACAUAUCUGAAAAACAAUUUGUUGAUCUUUCCAAAGCCACAGGCCUCACUUCAACCACUCUCCAGUUCUCAGUUCCAAAAACCCACCAGGGAAAAGACAACACGUUCACCUGCAAAGUGAACCAAGGCUUCGUCAACAGCUCGGUAUCAGACUCAACCGGACGGAUUUUUGGUGACCUGUCAAUGGAGCUUCUUCUGGUCCCCAGUAAAGACUCAGGACAACAGAAACUCUUGUGCAUUGGCUGGGGUUUCAGUCCCCAAAUCAAAUGGCUUUCUGGGUCUCAGGACAGAUCGGCAUCAACUAAAGACAUCUUAUUAGGUGAAGACGGUCGUGUGGCAGUAAUCAGUCAUCUCAGUGUGCCUCAAAACGAGUGGACAAAAGCAGUGGUCUUUACUUGUGAAGUCUCUGACAAGGUUUUAAAUAAAACUGUCCGCGAUGAAAUGGGCUUCUGUUCAGUAACAGCAGCAUCAUCUCGGAAAGCUGGUGUCUUCAUUCAGGGUCCAGCUCUCCAGGAACUGCAGACAGAUGAACAGUUGGCUUUCACCUGUCUUCUGGUUGGUCAAAAUCUUGAAGAUUUCUCCAUCACUUGGAAAGUUGGUGGAAAUAAGUCUCAGAGGGCAUUGACUGAACCACGGCUGAGUCACGACAAUGGGACCGAGACCAUUCGUAGCUUCCUGAAUGUAUCAGCAAAGGCUUGGCUCACAUAUACACAAGUAUCCUGUGAGGGGAAGCACCUAUGCUCCACACAGGGUUACGAGACGCACAUAAGCAGAAGUAGAGAUCCUAAGCCGCCAUUUGUGAAGAUAACAAGGCUGAAUGACACGGACCUGCCGGGCUCAAACAUGGAAACGCUCAUUUGCCUUGUGACUGGAUUUUCCCCCUCUGGCAUCUUAGUGUUUUGGGAGAAGGACGCCUUGAGGCUGCCAGUAUUACAAUAUACUAUCAGCCCUGUCUGGAAAUACACAGACAGCAACACCUUCUCACUGAACAGCAGACUGAACAUAUCCCGGCGGUCCGAGAGGGACCAGGAAGCAGCAUAUUCCUGUGUAGUAAAACACGAGUCAUAUGAGGAACUAUUCAAAAGCACAGUACAACCUGUGUUUGCUCCAGUGACACCGAGUCCACCUUCAGUCACCCUCCUCCAUGGCCCUGGCGAGCUUGUGUGUCUGGCAAAUGGUUUCAGGCCUGCACCGGUGAACAUCAGCUGGUUCCUUGAUGAGACUACAGAGUUGUGGAGCUACAACACCAGUGAGCCACACAGAGGACCACAGGGGGACUUCAGCGUCCAGAGCCGACUCCGCCUGCCCCCUGUUGACUGGCCACUCGGGGCAGUCUACACUUGCAGGGUGACACAUGUUACCCUGACACUGGCCUUAAAUUUCACCAAACCAAAACUUCUAGACCAUGUGUACGUUGACCAGAACCAGCAUGAUGUUGUUAUUCAAGAUGUGGAGGAAGAAGACUGGUACAUGGCCUUCACUUUCCUCCUGCUCUUCUUCAUUUCCCUUCUCUAUGGAGUGACAGUCACCCUCAUAAAGGUGAGCAUAUGA